AUGUUCCAUGGUCAAAGAUUGAUUAUCAUCUUGGAUCGCACGACCAAGUCAUUGAUCUUGUACACCCGUCUUUAUAUUGCUUGGUAUUUAUUCAAUAAGAUUCGCCAAAUGCCCGAAUCGCAAGAAAUGGGUCAACGUGUAGGUAUCAAAUGUCGUGAGAAGAAAUACGGCCCAGGCAAAUCAGGCAAAUUGAAAUCCUACAUCAACAAUCUACACCCUCAUCGUGAUGGCAACAUUCACAAGCGCAUCGAAUAUAUAUUCGCUACUUAUAUGGUGCCCUUGUCUGAACGAGUAUUGACUGAUAUGGUCAAUUACCGUGGUGGCGGGAAUCGUCUUGCCGUACUAAGGUCUUAUGACGAGCUUGUUGAAAUGCGGGGCCUUAAUGAAGAAGAUAUGUACGUUGACCCUUAUGAAAACUUCAAGGUCGAGAUUACUACAUUUACGCCACCUGAUGCUCCAACGCACGAAGUCAAGCUGAAUGGGAAAAGAUUACAAGUGAUUGUGAAAUUUGCAGAUAUUGUGUUGACUCCCGAGAAGCCCUCUUGUAAUGGUGGAACUGAUCAUGUGGAAGGCAUGAUGAAUGAAAAGAUUGUGGCAUCAGGCAUACACUCGUAUGAUGUUCAAAACAUCAAGAGCAGUCGAUUGCAUAUCAGAAGACCAAUCUAUGCUCCAAAAGAAGAGUCCUAUUGUCAAUUCGAUAGUCCUGUCAUCAACAUGGUGUACGGCUUAUCAAGCAAUGGGUCGGUCCUUGUUGAGGAUAUGGGAUCAAUUGACAUCAACACACCCAAUCGAGCCAUUGCGUUUCUAAACGAAAAGAUUAUGUUCACAUCAACUGUACCACCACAACAAGCAGAAUGGUAUCGGAACUUUGAAAUGUUCAAAUCACAUCAUCCACCAUCUCAGCUUCCAGGCUUGGCACUUCAUGAAAUCAUGAAAUAG